AUGAAGAUCCGGAACAUCGGGGAAGAGUCGAUCCACAACAUCUGCAGCAGCCAAGUGAUAUUCACGCUGAGCAGCGUGGUGAAGGAGCUGGUGGAAAACAGCAUAGACGCAGAUGCGACGGAGAUAAAGAUAAAGCUGGUAGAAAAUGGGAUCAAAUUGAUUCAAGUUAAUGACAAUGGAGCAGGAAUUAAAAAGUCAAAUUUUGAAAACGUCUGUGCUAGGCAUGCCACAUCAAAAAUAACAGAAUUUGAAGACAUACACAGUUCUUUAAAUACUUUAGGGUUCAGAGGGGAAGCAUUAAAUUCCCUUUGCAUGUUAAGCGAUUUACAUAUAGUAACUAAGCAUGAGGAGAGUAGCCACGGGUACAUGCUAACGUUUGACAACCUUGGGAGAUUAAGUCAUGAAGAACCAAUCGCACGCCUCAGAGGAACGACUGUAAGUUGCGAAAAUAUUUUUAAAAAUAUCCCUAUAAGGAAAAAAGACUUUAUAAAAAAUAUAAAAUCGCAGCUGUCGGAUUUGCUCCUCCUCAUGCAACAGUAUGCAAUAAUCUACUGCAAGGUGAAGUUCUCCAUUCAAAAUGUCAUUACGGUGAAGGGGAACGUAAAAAAUAUAAACUUACUGCUAACCAACGGAGGGAACGAAACUGUUAAGAAGAGUGUGCAUACCAUAUAUGGGAAAAAAAACAUAGGAAAUCUCAUCGAUUUUAAUAUAGACGCAGAAGAGUGGAAACUCAGGGCUUACAUAAGCGACAGCAACAGUGGCAGGAGAGAUAGGGACAUUCAAUUUUACUACAUCAAUAGUAGACCAAUACAUGUGUUAAAAAAUGUUAAUAAAAUUAUUAACUCCAUUUAUAGGGAAUUUAAUAGUAGGCUGUACCCCAUCAUUAUUUGCAACAUCCUAUCGGAGACCAAAAAUUUUGAUAUUAAUGUAACCCCAGAUAAGAGGGAAGUUUUUUUUAUUUAUGAAAAUGAAUUGUGCGAGAGGAUCAAGACGGCCUUAGUUAAGCUGCUCACUCCGCAGACUAGCCAACUGGUCGACACGCACAUCGGGGACUAUUUUUUGAAGGCCAACAAUAUACGGCUCCCCGCCUUCGGGAGGGCAAUCUGCACACGUGAGGAAGCUACCUUUGCAGGGGGGGGAGUACUCUACCCACGUGAGGAAGACACCUUUGCAGGGGGGGGAGCGCUCUACCCACCUGAGGAAGACACCUUUGCAGAGGGGGGAGCGCCGCUUCAGUUGCUGCCCAGCGAGGCGCCCCUCGGGGGAUACUCCCCAGGAGAAGCGACUCAAUUUGGCCAAAACGGGAAAAAGACAACGCCUUCCUGGGAGGGGGCUUCCACGGAGGGCAGCUUCCCCGAGCGGGCAGGGGGCAGUGCCGGGGGGGUCAAGGAGGAGGUGCCGAUGGCGCAGCGGGGCCGCCCAAGUGGAAGCGACGGGGGUGAAGCAGUUGGCCAAGUUAGCAGCGUUAACCAGGUUAGCAGCGUUAACCAGGUUAGCAGCGUUAGCCAAGUUAGCCGCGUUAACCAAGAUGGCCGCGUUAACCAAGAUGGCCGCGUUAACCAAGAUGGCCGCGCUAGCCGAAGUGCCCAUCAUGCAAAGGCGUGGCCGCCGCGAACUUCCGACGAUGACGAACCGGGGGGGAGAGGCGGCUUCGCAAAAAGUUCGCACCCCCAGAUGUGCGUGCGAGUGAAGGAGGAGCACCCCCAGGAAGAGCGCACCCCCCCCUUUGACUCGAGUGAGCAACCGAGUGAGCAAUCGAGAGAGCAAUCGAGAGAGCAAUUUUGGGGCACUCCCGUCGCCAAUGGGGUGAGUAGCUCUCCCGCGCCGGUGGGCCUCCCGAGCAGUUAUCAUCGCGCGGGGCGCGCACGGCAGGGCUGGCAAGUUGAGGGGUCCCUUUCGAAAAAGGGCGCUCAGGGGGAGGAGGCGCCCAGGGUGGAGGCGUACGAGUACAAGUUGGAGGGGGCGUGCGAGCUGGGGGAGUCGCCUCAGGUGCGCGUUCAGGAGUACCAUCUUGAGGAGUCCCCCAAAGUGCUCGUGCAGGAGUACCAGCUGGAGGAGUCGCCUAAAAUGCUCGUGCAGGAGUACCAUCUGGGGGAGUCGCCUAAAAUGCUCGUGCAGGAGUACCAGCUGGAAGACUCACCUCAGGUGCACGUGCAGGAAUACCAACUGGAAGACUCACCUCAGGUGCUCGUACAGGAGUACCAGCUGGAGGACCCCCCUAAGGCUGACUCACAGGAGUGUAAACAGGACAGGGGCGAAACCCCCCAGUAUGACACACCCCGCAGAGACGGUAACCACUCCGGUGAGGGGGAACUCCUGCCGCGAAGCCAACCUGAAGGGGGGAGCCACGAACGCGGUGGAGACUCACCCGAAGUAGCGGAAGUAGCCGAGUACUCCUUCGACGAUUUAAAAGAAAACAUAAAAAGGAGUUGCAUCAAAAGCAUCCCCAUAGACAUCAACAUGUAUAUCAACAGGGAACAAAUGAUGAGCGGAUUUGAUUAUGACCCAAUCCACGUUGUAACAUUAACAAACAGCGAAAAAAUAAAAAACAUAAUUUUCCCAAAGGGGAAGGAACAGGAGAAGGCGAACAGCUACCUCUGCCUAACUGAUGAGAAGCAGGUAAGUCAGUACGCGGAUUUGUUUAAUAGCAGUUUGAGCAUUAAGGAGGCUGCUACGGUGGAAGGUCAGGUGAGGACUCCCCCCGGAGCCACCUCAGGAGGAUCCAGCGAACACAUCAGCUUCAGCAACAUUGAUGAAGGGCAGAGGGAUUUAUACUUUAAGUCCAAUUUAUUUGAAAAGCUAAAAAUUUGCGGACAAUUUAACAAAGGGUUUGUCAUUUCGAAGAUUGACUUGUUGUACUUUCAAAGGGGGGGCGGAGGAGGAGCGGUCCAUCCGGUAGGAUUGGGGGAGGAGCAAGCGGAACCCCAGGGGAAGGGGAGCUACGCGCUGUUCAUCAUAGACCAGCAUGCGGCAGACGAAAAAUCAAAUUUCGAAAAGUACAACAAAGUCUUCACCAUGAAGUCGCAGAGGCUGAUUAGCAAAAUCGACUUGGAGUUGAGUCCUGCGCAGAUUUACGUCAUCGAGAAGAACCUGGAGGUCUUUUUGCACAACGGGUUCGACGUGGAGAUUGUGGAGGAGCCCCUUCGGAAGCGGAGGCGGGGGGGAGCGGCGGACGGAAGCGGCGAGGCUGACGGAAGCGGCCAGGCCAAUGUGGAGGACGCACUCACUGCCGCCGCUGCGGGGGAGGGCGCGCUGGUGCAGGUGAAGGUCUACUUGCUCUCCCUGCCCGUGUUCAACGGGAAGAUCCUGGAGGUCGAGGACUUCAUGUCCCUGCUGCACCACUUGACGGAGCACCCGAUCACGUACGACAAGGCCAGCUUCCAGAUGUUCAUCCGCAACAAGGGUCAGCCCAACAAGCAGACGGACACCUGGUUCAACUACAACUUCCCGCGCCCCCAGAGGGUCUGGCGCAUCCUGGCCUCCAAGGCCUGCCGAAACGCCGUCAUGGUCGGGAAAGCCCUGAACGUGGCCGAAAUGAUAAAAAUCAAAAAGAAGCUGAGCGUGCUGAAGAACCCGUGGAACUGCCCCCACGGCCGGCCGACCAUCAAGUACAUCAUAAACGACGUGGACAUCAAAAGCUGCUUCCAAAAUUACUACGCAAAGCUCUACGACGAGAUUACCAACCUGAUCGUGACCAAGAACUACGACGCGUAUAAGUACCUCUUCCACAACCACGCCUUCUUUUUGAUUAUGUCUACCAAGCCGAUGCUCGGCCCGCUCCUGAAGUUCCAGUGA